AAUCUGGUAUAUCUGCCGAAGUUCAUCAUUCGGUCUCACAACAGGUUUGUGUUAAUUAUCACCAGCAUGAAGGGCACAUUUCUCAGCACAGGAUUCGUCAUUGUCACAGUACUUGCCAGCCUGCUGGUUGAGAAUGACGCCGCUGUGGUUCUGGGAGACGCCAGACGUCUACACGCUAUGAGGGGUCAGCUACGUCAUAAGAGACAAGAGACGACGUCAUUACCCUCAUCUGUGCUGUUCGAUCAAGACAAGACCACGCUAUUGGAGCUUCAUCAGCAGUUAAGGGAGGAGGCCGGAGCAAACGCGGGAAACAUGCUUAAAAUACAAUAUGGUGAAGACUUGGCUAAUCUUGCUCAGAAGACGGCGGACACGUGCAAAUUUGACUACGCCAACCUGAACUUUCCUGACAACGGCACCGAUGUUGGUCAAAUCAUCUUCCGAUCCGACUCAACUGCACUACCUUCGGAGCCGCUCCUAGCUAUAUUUAACGACGAAAAGAAUUCCUACACGUAUGAGACGAACACGUGUGCUGAGAAUAAAACCUGUUCAAACUACAAGCAGAUCAUUUGGUACAAUACUAAUUACGUGGGUUGUGGGAAGAAAUUCUGCGGCGUUCUACUUUUGCCGGACAAUGAGAUUGCCUUCAGCUCGUGGAUGUGGGUGUGCAAUUACAUGGAGGUAGGAGGUUUUGAGGACGAACAUCCGUACUUAGCCAGUGAUGAACCUUGCUCUUACUGCAACCUAGAUCCAGCUACCAUAUGUGAACGCAACCAAUGCAGAGUGUGUGAUCCCGCGGUUGAUGCUCAAUGCCGUGUGUUUAACGACACAGUGUGUGUGACAGACAAGGACAGCUGUUGUAACACCUGGGACUAUGACACGUACUGUAAACCUGGGACCGAGUACUUCCCUUACAUGAAGGAGAACUGCGGGGCGUUCUGCGAAAUCUAUCUUUGCGGUACCGUUUGAAGUGAACAAGUCCAACGGUUGACCCACCAGAGACUCAGCGUUCGAUAAGACAGCAAUUCUUGAUUCCAAUUCAACGACAUACAGGAGUAUAUAUACAUAAACAUCGUUGCUGUGAACAUGUAAUAAAAAUUUUGGAAGUCUU